GGAGGCGCCAACAUAACGCAUUUGCAGCGUGGCUUGGCGCCCGAUCUAUCGGCUUUGCAACGCCAGCAGGGAACGGAAAUUACGGAUGCACCUGUUCGAUUUUCGUGCAACGCUAACACCGACCGCUCUUUCUGUGGUUCGUUGCUUGCCGAGGCCCAAGAGCGCCGCAAAGGACCACCGCAUGAUCGGUGUCUCUUGAAAAGGGAGCCCCUUUCCCUGUCGAGGCAAAUAAAACGCAUGUUUUCUUUUCCCCCUUGCUCUCCUCGCAUGGUAUUCUUGCAACCAUAUCAUGACUUCACUUUAUCAGCCAUCCAUGGCGACGAUGCUGCCGGUGGAGAUCAUCCAGGCUAUCCUUCUGCACAUGGACGUGGAGACGUACCUUGCUGCACGCUUGACAUGUAAAUCAUGGAGAAACGCCGCGUCUAGCUCUCUUAUGACGCACAAGACGGUGCAGCAAAUACCUGUCGCUCUACCACCAACGAUUCGCGAGCUGGACGAGGAUGAAUGGAGCAUCUAUCUCGACCAGAUCGCGCAGAUCAAUCUCUUAGGGUUCCGGAAUCACGUGGAGAGGACAGUGAGCUGUCGACAACGAACGCUUGACUAUAUAGCGCCUGCGACUACGAGACAGGCAUACCCUGGUCGGACAUCCGCCGGAUUGAAAGGAUCGCGGACAUACGUGGACGAGAACGAUAUCAAGCAGCAACUACUCCAGUUUCCACUCGCCUCCUCGCUCUACCCUCUCUGGACAUCGGUUUGUCGCGCCUUGUCUGAUGGAUGCCACGAUCGGUGGAUGGCAAAACAUCAGCCUAAUAUGCAGCCACAUCUCGCUCUCUCUUCAGAGGGACGUAUUUUGGCUAUAGGAUUUGGUAAAAGGAUCCAGAUGUUUAGCGCCUUGAGCGGACGACAAACAGAGGAGACAUCCCCGGUCGAGUAUGUGAUCAACGACAAUACACAUGGAAUCAUCGAGUCGCUGGAAUUCGAAGACGACGAUAAACUGCUCCGACUAGUCAUUGACAAGCAACCAAGUCGAGUCCGCUAUCUCGGCCUACCAUCACACGCCUCAGAAAAGGCUGAUAUGAUCUAUUGGCGAAAGUACAUUGGAAAUACCUACCUAGAUUCGAUCGAACUAGCGAGGUCUCUCAGUCGAUCAAGUACGACGAGAUUAGUACUGGCCGGCUUGCGACUUUUCCCAUUACCCGAAGAACCUGGCAGCGUAGUGGACAGGAGAAGCGAGGAGCGACGAUAUUUCACCGCAUGUCUCCAAACCGGACAUGUAGAUUGCUAUUGCAUGGGGUAUAUAUCUUUCUACCAACCCGCUCACAUUGGAAGCGUGGAAUCCGUGAAUAUUCAUCGGUUUCUCCCAUCGAAACAAUUCCAGCCCUACACUGCAAAGCCUCAAAGUCGCUCCUCCAAACCUCAACUUUCAACACUCCCGGCCCACGCUCUCCCACAAGCCACCCUCAACCCAGACAACAACUACAACUACAGCACCUAUUCUCGCCAAAACGACUACCACCUCACAAACAUCCCACGCUGGGACCCGAUUAACCUCCCAGCAGCCAGCUGCGACACCCCGCAGCUAGCCAUAUCCGAUGACAACGCCCUACUGGUAGUCUACGAACCGUGCACCCUCCCCAAGGGCCAAGGCGGCUCGGUAUACGUCUACAGCGUUGAAGCCUGCGCCCCCGUCUACCAGCCCUUUCCCCGCACAAAAGCCCAGAGACUAGUUGAUUGGUCGAUAUUUGGACAAGACUUUGGCGGGCUCGGGCUGUGCUUCGUCUUCAGCACCGCCUUCGAUAUGAUCAAGUCCAAGAUGACCGACGUCAUCCCGUCAUGGCCGUUCCUUUUGGAUAGAGUUGACGUCGAUAUCACGAGCCUCAAGGUUGUCUGUGAUCCCCAGAAGUAUCCGAAUGACUCUUAUGUUGUCACCGCGAAAUCUGCCGAGGGUGAUAUCGAGUGGAGGUUAACUCGUAACUAGACUUAAUGAGAGCACUGACGAAUGUAAUGAUCAUGAAUGGUGUUGGAUGGAUCUGAUUUGAAUGUUUUGACUGCGCAAAAAUGUAUUCUUAGUCAAGGAACGGGGCAUAUUAAAUUGAAAUUUAUUCUACAGAAU